GACAGUCGCGGCACAUCGUGAGCAGCUAACAGCAGCGCUCUUCUCUUCUCACAUCAGCUGCCUCAGCGCUGUAUGUGCGGCAAUAACAUGUCGGCGCCUUUACCUGCCAUUGUGCCUGCAGCCCGGAAAGCCACUGCAGCGGUGAUAUUUCUGCAUGGACUUGGUGAUACUGGGCAUGGCUGGGCAGAGGCUUUCACAGGCAUCAGGAUACCACACGUGAAAUACAUCUGUCCACAUGCUCCCACCAUGCCUGUGUCUUUAAACAUGAGAAUGUCCAUGCCUUCCUGGUUUGAUAUCUAUGGGUUGAGCCCUGAUGCAAAUGAAGAUGAGACUGGUAUUAAAAGAGCGUCACAGAACAUUAAAGCCUUGAUAGACCAAGAAGUGAGGAAUGGAAUACCGUCACACAGAAUUAUCCUGGGUGGUUUUUCACAGGGUGGAGCGUUGUCUCUCUACACUGCUCUGACAACUCAGCAGAAACUUGCUGGAGUGGUUGCACUCAGCUGCUGGCUUCCUCUCCGCAACUCCUUUCCUCAGGCAUCUGCCAACAUUGCUAACAAGGACAUGUAUGUCUUGCAAUGCCAUGGGGAUGCUGACCCCCUGGUCCCUUUUAUAUUUGGCAGCCAGACAGCAGAGAAGAUGAAAAGUCUCAUAAAUCCUGCCAACAUCACCUUCAAGUCAUAUCGAGGUCUACCUCAUAACGCCUGUCCAGAGGAAAUGGUGGACAUCAAACGGUUCAUAGAGAGGCAGCUUCCUCCCAUCAGUGAUGAAUAAACUCAGGAGUAUCUGUACAACUGCACAGCACCAUCAGAGUCCUAUGGGACUGACUCCAUUGUGACUCGGUGGACUUGAGGAACCACCAACUUACUUGACAGUAAAACCACGCUGCUACUCAUAGAGCCAGACAAGACGGACUGCUACACGUUAGCCGAGAGGAGGCAUGAUUGAAAAGAUGCUCCAUCCUGACCUGGAGCCACACACGAUUCUUAGUCUUACAGUAGAGUAACAUUAGUUGCUUGAUUGUAAAGCUAUUUGCCACUGAGAAAAGCCAUUACCUGCAGGAAAUAUAUGUACUGGAAUAACUAGGGCUAUACUUUAUGGUUUACCACUCACUAUCUUAAAAUAAAUGGCCUGUUGUUAAAUUUCUUAA